UCCAAAGGUAGAUGAGCAAACCAAGAAGGGGUUUUGGGAGGAGACUAAGGUAAGCAUUGGAUAUUAACUUGAUUUGUAUAUUUUUAAAAUUAUUUAAUUUGAUUUAAAUACUAUUUUUAUAAUCUAACUUUUUUUUAAUUAUUAACAGCUUAUGUUCCACAUUACUGAUGAUUCUAAUCAUUCGGGGGAGAAAUAUUUUCAUUCUUGUGUGGCGAAACGAUUUAGUUGUUUCAAGAGCAAGUUGGUGCGCCGAUGGAUAACUAUGAAGGAAAAUAAGCCAAAAAGUCAAACAAACAAGAUGCCUUGGGAUGUCUACAACCAUAUCACAGAGGAUGAUUGGAAGACUUUUGUUAAACAUUAUUUCCUGCCAGAGUCAUUGGUAAUGAUAAUAUUUCUUUAACUUGUCCUUAAAGAGUUUUUCAUGUAGCAAACUGACAUUGGUUCUAGGACAAAAAGUUAUCAGAAAAAACAUUUAUUUCCAUCUUUUUAUGUUGUCUUUGACAGCUUCGUAGUGAAAAGGCGAGGAAAAGUGCAUCAUGCAACAAGAACCCACAUCGCACCGGCCAAAAGGGUUAUAAUAGAAAGCGACUAGAUUGGAUAAAAGAUGGACGAGUUCCACCAGAUGCAGCUUUAUCUAUCUCGAGUAGCUCCUCGGUGAACUCAUCAGUGACCUCAAAUGUUGAUAGAGUUAGAAAAUAUAGAUCAAAGGAGUGGAUAUUGGCCCAUCAAGUACAAAAUAAAGAGGGAAAGUGGGAAAUUGACCCGAAAGAUACAUAAGUUGUUGAAAUCGCAACAAAAGCUGUAAGUAGUGAUAAUUAAUUAAUAUUUACUUGCUUUGAUUAGAGAAUAUAAAGUAAUUUUGCUUUCCUAAUUGGAAGUUAGAGUACAUCGAAGAAGAGGAAAAAUGAAAUCUUUCUUUCGAACAGGGUGAGGAUGCCCUCACUAAAGCUAUAGGGAAAAAAGAUCAUCGUGGGCGUGUCAAGGGAACAGGUGGCAUGGUUGGUAUCAAAAAGGCUUUCGGUCCGUGUAAUCGACAUAGUAGACGUGACCAUGGUGAAGCUUCAUCAGAAAAUUACGAAUCAAUCAGAGCUUCUGUGAAAAAGGAGUUUGAAGGUGAAUUAGAGAAAAGGGUGGCAGAGGCCCUCCAAAAGCAACUAAGCAACUUGUUAAAAACAGGACAACUAAACUCCAUUUCUACCCCGAUACUUGAUGACCUCCACUUAAAUGAUUCUGCCAGAGUUGACCUUGAUGUUAGUGCUACAAGAACCACUCGUCACAUCUUAGUGCCGCAACCACGCGAGCUAAAGGAAAGGACUCCAUGUCGUCUUGCCCUUGAGGAUAAAGUUUCAGGCAACAACAUUGUCGUGGCGGAUGGUAUGGUACAACCCUCAGAUGGUGCAUUGCCCCAACAUUUUACAUCGAUGAAGCCUGGUCACUAUAAAGUCCAAGUUGAUUUUGUUUACGACGGACAUGUUGAUGGUAUUCUUCCGGUACUUACGGGAGAUGGUUUCACUAACUUAGGCGGUGCUCUGGGUAGUUUUCUGCAAUGGCCCAUACACUUAGUGAUUUUCGAAGACGGCGAGGUAUAUAUGUUUUAUUGUUUAGAAUGUAUAUGUUCACGCAAGCACAUUCGACAUCUUACCUACUCUUGUUUUUGUUGAAUUUUAAAGGAUUGUACUUCACCUCCUAAAAAGAAGUCCAAGUCUAAUGUUUCUAAAGAGAGGGAUGGUAGCUCCAAGAAAAGGACAUCGGUAUUAGCGGCCCAAAAGAAGACAACAGACUUAACAUCCAAGGUAAACCCUCUAAAACGCAUUCGAACCUACCCGCUCCCAACU